UUCGGAGGGGGGAUGGCUGUGAUGAUGUUUCGGCAAGGACUCGAGUCACCUCGCGAGGCGAUCAACCUUACGUUCGAUCUCGAUCAUACACUGUAUCUCCAAAUUGCUCGGUGGGCUAAGCGCAAGUCGUCACCAAAGUAUGUAGAUUUGGAACAAAGUGUCUGUGUGUCGUUCGCUCAUCUCCCUAGUCUCUUGCCAAAUCCACCGGAAGAUGAUCAGCCGACUCCGUUCGAGAAACUUACGAUGGAUUCGAAAUGCUCGUGGCCCGCAACUGGGGACCUUUCACUGCAGACAAAACGGGAUGGGAAGGAUUUUAUUAUUCCACUAGCUCCACCCAUUUUCGUUACUCCAGACAAUUGCGUUGAUAUCUCCGCAUUCAUCAGAAGCGGAGAAAGUGCCUUUUCGGUGGUCCAACAGAGCAACAUGUCAGACUAUAUGUUCAUUCUCCACGCCCAUCAUCCCACGCCUGCGCAGCUUAGCUAUCUUGCUUCCUGCAGACAGAAGCGUGAGGAUUGG